AUGGGCGAGGAAGAGGUCGCGGUGGUAGAGGAAGACCAAGAUCUAGAGCGUAUAAUAUUGCUCGUUUCGGGGAAUGGUUUUGUGAAUUCUGAGUAUGAUGAUGGAGGUUGGGACCACAACCAAGGUCAUGCCAAAGGCUUGGUCGAGGAAGAGGACAUGGUUUUCGUGGCUGCAAAUGGGGAGGAUACAAUGGACCUCAUGCUGAUCAACAGCAGGACAGAGGAUACAACCAAGAAGCACCUGCUCAGAACUGCAUUGGACAGAUUCAUCCCGAACCGCUCGGCUAUGGACUUCGACUACGCUCAUUCUCUCUUGACUGGAGGGAAGAAGUGGAAGGAGAAGUCUGCGGUGAUGUCAGCAUCAAGUGAGGCGUACCAGAAGCAUCUCGCAGAGGCACUUGACAUGAACCGAAGUCGAAUCCUGGCCUUCAAGAACAAGCCACCGACCCCAGUAGGGCUAAUCCCAAAAAGCUGGCUCUCCCCCACUGCUUACCGGUCUAAAUUCAUCAAGCCCUGCCUGCCAGAGGAUGCUAGAUUCCCUAACAUAUCGGAUGAUUAUAAUCUGAACUUGCUGGACUGGGGUGCCAACGACGUGGUAGCGAUUGCUCUUUCCGAAACGGUGUACUUGUGGAAUGCCUCCAACGGCUCUAUUACAGAACAGGUGACCUUCAAUAAUGAGGAGGGUCCUGUCACGAGCGUGAGCGGGGCUCCUGAUGGUCAGCGUAUUGCCAUCGGCUUACAAAAUUCUCAUGUCCAGCUCUGGGAUUUCUCUGCUCAAAGACAGCUGAGAAUUUUAAGAGGAGGCCAUUGA